CUCACAGCCAACCGGAAUCGCAGCACUAGAGUCCCUCACCGCCCCACUCGAGUGCGGUAUCACUUCAACCACUUCAACUGACAACACACAAAGCACAAGAUGUCCCACACGACUGCCGUCCUGGUAUUUCGCAUCCUCGCGGGCUGCUCCUACCUCGUCAUGCUCACGAGUCCGUCGCUCAACAUCUACCGAGUGUACAAGGCCAAGAGCGUCGGCGUGCAGUCGAUCUUCCCGCUCGUCUCGCUGCUCGCAAACUCCCACAUCUGGAUGAUGUACGGUUACCUCGCCAAGAUCUACUUCCCCGUCUUCUCGUGCUUCCUGGUCGGUGACUUCGCCGCCGUCAUUUACCUGUCCAUCUACUACCGCUACUCGGAUAACCGCGGCUACGUCGUUCGCUCGAUAGCCACAACCCUCGUGAUCAUCGCCAUCCUGAGCGCCUUCGCCAUCGUCGGCGGCCUCGGAUACACGAACCAGUCUCGCCACGGCGUCAGCACGGUGCUGGGGUUCUUCGCCGAUAUCGCCAGUCUGUGCCUGUACUGCGCGCCCAUGGAGAAGCUGUUCCAAGUGCUCAAGCACAAGUCGGCCGUCUUCAUCAACCUGCCCAUGGUGCUCGCCGGCUACGCCAACAACAUGAUCUGGCUCACGUACGGCUCGCUCAUCCAGAACUGGUUCAUGAUCUCCAUCAACAUCUUCUUCUUCUCCAUGAGCACCUUCACGCUCGUCUUGUACCACAUCUACGACCCCAAGACGCACCCGCUCAAGGACGGCUGGGACACCAACACGAACGACAACUCGGAGGAGGACGACGUGCAGCUCCAGAUCUCCGUCGACCCCUCGGACGCCGACAGCAAGGACAAGAAGAGCUCCAACUUGCCGAGCCCGCAGUACGAGGCCAUGCGCUCUCCAAUUGCCCCCGCACGCGCGGAUUAG